AUGAUUGGUCAACUUCACUGUGAUAUUUUUCAGCAAAACAGACUUUUACUCAAUUUAGUAGAUGUCAAGAUCAUCUUACAACGCAGCAAAGCACCCUUCUGUUUAGUGUCACCCGAAGAAAAAGCAGAUUAUAAUGUUAUUCUCGAACAUGCUUCCAUGUUUAUUAGAAAAGUGAAAGUGAGUCCAGGGGUCUCUCUAGGCCAUGCGAAAGCACUAGAAAAAAGUACUGCCAAAUAUCCCAUUGACCGAGUCUUAUGUAAAACAUAUUCCGUUUCAGAAGGAAGUUGGUCAUUUCUUCAAGAUAAUGUUUUCUUGGAUGUUAUGCAGAAACGUGUGAUCAUCACCUGUCUCUCCAAUGCAGCUAUGAACGGACAGUACAAAUCCAAUCCAUUCGUGUUUCAUCAUUAUAACGUGACCUUUUUAUCCGUGUAUAUCGACGGACACCCUAUACCGGGCAAACCACUGGAGCUCGAUUUUGAUUCGAACAAUUACAUAAGAGCUUAUCAUAGUCUGUUUUCAGGAUUUAAUCGAGACAGAGGGAUUUAUUUAUCAAGAGAUGAUUAUUCUGCCGGUCAUACCUUAUAUGCAUUUGAUUUGACACCAGACUUGUGCAACGAUUCUCAUCUGAACCUACAACAACAAGGCAAUUUACGAGUAGAAUUAAAGUUUUCGAAAGCUCUGACUGAAACUAUUUCGGUACUUAUUUAUGCUGAAUUUGAAAACGUGAUUGAGAUAAACAAAUCUCGGCACGUAUUAUGUGAUUUCACAAAUUAA